AGCGCCCUGUGGGCACGGACUCCUCUGCCUACGUCGUGGAUAAUGAACCCGCAACUGCCUCGGGGGCGUUUGUGAUUCUCACGAGCAACCGGCUGUGCCGCCGCAGUUGAAAGCGCCUCGACUUGCGCGCUCCGGAUUCGCAUGUGGAAUGCGGGCGCUAACAUGUUGCGUAGCUUUAGAACGGAUGGAUAAAUGAAGGUUGCCAACCCCCGCUUGCUUGUUGUUGUUGUCUCUACAAAUUGCAAUAUUCGGAUUGUAUAACUUAUCACCCGUCUCCCCCACACCCCGCUUGGGUUCGCGACCGUUGCCGAUGGCCUUCGCGUAGGCUUCGGCUACGUAAUCUAGGCGACUCGCGGUGGGGAUUUCGUACGGUGUUGAAUCUGCAUCGACAUUUAAUCAAUUGAUUAAAACAUUUAAAAGUACCGUUCUACUCACAAACGUCCGGUUGGGUUGUCAUAAUGGGUUUCCAUUCUGGUUUAAUAACGUUACGUUUGAAGUUCGUUGAAUGUUGAUAAUGGUCGCGCGAAGGAGAGGCUGUACUUGCCCUAUAACGGGAAUGUGGAAUGGUCACCUUUGGCUCAGGGCUGUACAAAUGUGAGUACCCUACAUUCUGUUUGGAAUGGUAAAACAAAUCGCAUUUCAAUUACUAUUAUGGUCUUAAGACAUUGCAUUGCUGUGUGUGUAAUUUAAGGACGGAACAAUACAAACGAGAGGGCUUUUUGGUCUAUCGAUCUCGUUCGAUUGUUAGCAGCAGAUCGAUGCGUGGCUUGGCGAGUCCCUGUACAUCUGCUUCCACGACACGUGUGGGCAGCCUUUUCAAGACUCCCACCGCUCUCUGCUUAAAAUAAUCGACAUCUCGUAUUUUAUACUUUUUUUUACAAAUCUGCUACGUGUCUCCUUUGGAAGAGCGACUUAUAACUAUGGAAAACUAUGUUUUUGUUCGCAUGAUUGUGUUUUUUUACGCAUUCUAGUUUAUUAAUAAUACCUUUUAAGAAGUUUCUACAAAGUACAUUUGUUUUCCUAUCGUGAUGCACUUACGUAUUGCUAUUUUCGAGGCUCGCAUCGAUCUACAUUUGAUGGUCGACUCCCACAACCUCCUACGAGGCUACAAUUUGCAGGGUGAUGGUGGUACAGCAAGGAAGUUUUUGACCUGCCUGUGUGAAUUUGCUAUGUAGUGUACGCAUGGCUUUUCUUUGAUAUAGUAUUAAAAAAAUGUGUCCAAAACACUUGUUAAAUAUGUGGUGUCUGCAUUGGUAAGCAAAAUGUUGGUACCACUACUCUAAACCAUAUUAUUUCUGAAUAAGUGGUUUGCACAUUUUCAAAUUUCGUUUUCUGCAUUGUUUUUGUUAAUGCAACGGCAUCAGCUGUUUUGUAGUUGUAAUUGAAACCCAAAUUUCCCUUUAAAAAAAAUAAAUUCAUUUAUCUCAUUGGAUUGUUACCUAGUGAUGAAGGCAAUUGUAUAAAAUAUCUGUUUUUGGCUUGAACCCUACACUUGGUUAAUGCACCGCAGAAAUGAUUGUGCUCAGUGGCGAGCUGACUGAUGGCAGUGCUUUACCCUGGCACCUGAGCAGUAACUGGAAGUAGCUCAAGUAUGUGUAAAUACAGUUGUGGGCUUUUGCACAUAGACAAUGAAACCAAACCGUCUUAUUAUACACAUACACUCGACAAAAUUAGUGCCACACUUAUUAUCCAUUUUAGAACAUAACAACUUACAUCAGUAAUUCAUAAUAAAAGUCUUUUGGGUUAGAUAACGUAAAUAUGAAUGUGUCGUUAACCCACCAUCACCCGACAGCCAAUUAGUAAGGUUUAUCAUAAAACGUGCCAAUUAGUUACGACUUUAGUGCACCGCUGUGUUGGAGAGUAUACCCACGAAAUGUACAAUUUGAGUACAACGUUUCGCUGGUAAUUACCACCAGCUUCAUCAGGCGAUUUGCCAGAAUUUUUAAUGUUAGGAAGUCUACCUUUUUCUGGCCUUGAAUAAGAGGGGGUUAAUGUAAUCAUAUACAUUUUAAUGGGGUAUGUUCAUCUGCAAAUAUGCAGUCACUCAAUACCAAUCAUCUACAUGUGUUUGAAUGUAAAUAUUCAUUUAUCACUAGAGCACACAACUUUUUUUUCUAUGGACAUUGACAUAAUUAUUAUAAACUUUCUCACCCCAGAACCAGACAAGGUUGCUGUUUCUCUAUCUGGCAGGACACCUGUCACCCAGCACUAUGGAGGUUGUAUUGGUGAACCAUGCCGAGAUGGAAACUAUUGAGAGGGUCAACAGGGAUCUAUUCGCUGAUCGCCUUCUGCAAAGUGAGCUGCUGGUUUCUCAGCUCAGGGCUGCAGUGCAGGAGAGGGAUUCUCUUCUGCAGCAGAAAGAGACACAGUUGCAGGAGGAGGCAAAGACCCACGAGGCUAAGAUGUCCAAGGUGAAGCUGCAGGCAAGAGCCAAGCUGUCUGCCCGCAUGGAGAACUCGAGACGCUUGAAAAGCAGCGAUUCCUCUGAUGAGGCUGAGUGCCGGGCGAGCGAUCGGGGGAGCGUGAAACGGGGGAAGCUGCUGCUGCUGCGACAUCGUGUUGCUGAGCUCGAGGCAGCGUUGGCCAAGGAGCAACAGAAACAACAACAGCAGCAGCAGGAUGAGCUGGGCAGCAAGGCGAGUGGUGCAGUGCAGGAGCUGCAGCACCAGGUGCAGGCCCUGCAGGAGGCCCUCAGUGAAAAGGAUGAGCUCAUCCAGAGCCGCAUGUGCAUCAUUGAGCUCUUGCAGGAUCAGCUGGGUGAGAUUUCUGCUGCCGUGGGGAGCGAGGGGGACCCACUCGGCCUCCGACAGAGCAACAAUCAGCUCCGGCAGAAGGUGCUGGCAUUGGAGACUGCGCUGCAGCACCGAGAGGAGAGGCACCGGCAGGAGGUGUUCACCCUAACGGCACGGAACGACGCUGCUGAAGACUUCCAGCAGCUGCUGAAGUCUCUGAAGCAGAACCUGCACGAGAAGGAGGAGGUGCUGGCGGCGCGCACACACGUGGUGGAGAUCUUGCAGGCCGAGUUGGAUCAACGAGACGCAACCAUUGUGGACCUGCAGGAGAGUGGACGUCGUGCCCUUGAGCAGCAACGCCUCUCACUGUCCCACCAGAAAGCCGAGAAGCUCAUGCUCACUGUCUGUCUCCAAAACUCCAAUGACCAGCAAGUUCAGCCGAAUGAUCCUUGCGAUUGCCACCCUGCAUCAGGCGAAGGUGUUAUAAGCACCGAGCUGCUACAGCCGUGCCCACCAUCACUCGAACAAGAGGCGUUGUUGGAGAGGAUUCAGGAGCUGGAAGAUGGGCUGCGGGAACGGGAGGAGGAGGCUGCCAAGUCUGAGGCGCGGUUCCUGCAGACCAAGGCAUGGUCCAAAACUCGCAUUCGGCAGCUGGAGGAUGAGCUACGCAGCCUCAGGAGUGACUCGGCUGUGGAGCUGCCGUCUCUGAGGUCCCGGGUCUCCGAGCUGGAGGAGGAGCUGUCCCGCUACACCCACGUCCACGCCCACAACGAGGAGCUUGCAUCACGGCUGCACGUGUUUGAGCAGCUGGAGCGCGUGAUGCAGUUGGACCUGGAGCAAGCGGUGCUGCACAACUCAGCGAAGGAUGGCGAGAAGGAUGUCCAUCGUGUCAUCUCGCAGGACUCGGUGGUCAGUGGAACCAUGGAAGAGAGAGAGGGACUGAUUGAAGAUGACUGGCUGUUUCCGGGGUACUCUGAGCAUCCAUCCUUUGUUGGGGGAGCAUCUGGGACGGGCAAAGGACAAGCCCCUCGCAGCCUCCUUAGAGCAGAAGAUGAGCCUAGAGGGCAGCUGGCCAAUGAUGGCAGACUUGCUGCAACACGUGAAGCAAGAAGUUUACAGUCCAAGAGAGUGUCUCCUCUGGGAGAGGGCGAGAGUUUGGCUGACCUGUGGGAUGAUUACAGUGUGGAUCAUGCAGUGUCCAUUCCCUCCCAGGGGCAUGUGCCCAGUCCUGAAUACCCCUUGCUGUGUGACACCUCUGCUGUUCGAGGUCUUCGCUCUGUGGUGGGAGACCUUGAGCUGGAGAGGAACCAACUACAGCAGCAGAUCCAGGAGCUGGAGGAGCAGCUCGAGGAGAUGGACACACGGCAAAGCCUACAAGUCCGUACCAACGGACUGCAGGCGGAGGUUGAGCGUUUGAAGAGCCAGCUGAGCCAGCUGCGGAAUGAGAAGAGCCAAGACGAAGAGAGCCACCACUCCACAAUGAGCAACCUGUGCGACCGCAUCUCAGUCCUGGUGGAGGAGAACGCUCGCCUUGAGGGGGCCCUGCAGGAGAAGGAACGUGCCCUGAACUCUGAGUCUGCCCAUGCGGCUCGGUUUCAGGCCACGGAGGCUUCGCUCGCAGAGGCAGUCGCCGCCCUCUCCACACUCUCCGCCAAGUUGAGUACAGCCGAGACGCAGCUGCAGGAAGCGGCGGUGAAGAGGCGCGCCAGUGAGGCAGAGUGUUCCGAGCUGCGGGUGGCCGUGGACGACCGCAACAAGCAGCUGGCAUUGAAAACAACCAAGCUUCAGCUGCUCGAGGAGCAGGAGAACAGUGCGCGUGCAGAAUCAGAGCAUCUGGCUGAGGAACUGGAGCGACUCAACCUCUCGUUCAUGGAGGAGCGAGCCCAUCUCAUUGCAACGCUACAGGAGCGUGAGCGUGAGGCCGAUCGCCUGCAAGAGGCCGAGGCAGAGGCGUCCACUUGCCAGGGCGAUGUGACGGAGCCAUCGGAGCGAAUCGCUCGAUUCCCCGAAUCCCGCCCACUCGCCCACACCCGCCACUCCCAGGCCAAGCGGCUCCUCUGGGAUGAGAUGAGCGCUGGCCUUGAGCGCCAACUGGGAGAAGCCAGGGAGAUGCUGGCAGCAGCCGUGGAGGAGGCAAGCAAGGGCAAGGCAGAGGGCAUACGUCUAGAGGGAAAGGUGGCGGUGGAGGUGGAAAGGGGCAGAAAGACCUACGAACAACUGCAAAAGGCAUUGGCCACUCUCCAGGAAAAGGAACGGGAGAUCGUGACGAUGCAAACAGAAUACCUGGGAAAAGAGCGAGAGAUUUCGAUGUUAAAAACGGAGUGUGCAUUCAAGGAGCAAGAUAUCGGGAUACUCAAAGCCAAGCACCAGGACAAAGAGGAAGAGAUUGUGAUGAUGCACAUGAAGCACCAGGACAUGGAGCAAGAGAUCAUGAUGUUAAGAUUGAAAUGGGAGGAAAACGAGGGAAUGAUUGCAUCGCGAGAUGUAGAGCACCUAGAUAUGGAGCGAGAAAUCGUGAAGCUAAAAACGGAACACAAGACCAAGGAGCAAGAACUCGCGAUGCUAAAAGCAGAACGUGAAGACAAAGAGCGUGAGAUUGUGGCAAUGCACACAAAACACAGAGACAGUGAGCGGGUAAUUGCCAUGAUAAAUGCGGAAGGCCAGAAUAUGGAACUAAAGAUUGCGGUACUAAAAGCAAAAGGUGAGGACCAGAAACGAGAGAUUACAACACUAAAUGUGCAACUUCAGGACAUGGAACGAGAGAUGAUAUCGCUGAAGCAAGAGAUGGUGACAUUAAGCACUCGGUACCAGGACAAGGAGCGAGAAAUCGCGACACUGAAUACGCAGUGCCAAGGCAAGGAGCAAGACAUUGCGAAGUUACAUUUGGAAUGGAGGAACAAAGAACAAGAAAUCAAGAUGCUGAAUGUGAAAUGUCAAGACAGGGAUCGAGAGAUAGCGACCCUGCAUGCACUGCAUCAAGAGAAGGACCGCAAAAUGUCUACACUUCUGCUGAAUGCUGAGAACAGUGCAGCAGCCCUUGCGCAGAAAGACACCGAGCUGAGGGAGCUUACCGACACCGCGUCAUUGCAGCGCAAAGCGGCACUUGCAAGAGCAUCCCAGCUCCAGUCUCGCUUGGCAGCCAAGGAGAGCAUGAUCAGAGAUCAAGAGGCACAGGUGUCGAGUUCGCCGACGACCGCUGAGAGACACAGGGAGGAGGUGGAGAGGGCCGAGUUGCGUGCGGCGCUGGCGCGGCAGGCGGAGGAUGGCGAUCGAGAACGUGCGGCACUGGGGGCUCAGGUGCAAGGUCUGCAACGCAACCUGCAGGAGGCACAAGGCCGUUACGAGCAGCUGAGAGUGCACUCGCUGGCCCUGCAGCAGCAGCUUGCGCUGCUUGCCAAUCGGCCAUGCUCCCAGGGGGAAGGUCAGUAUGAAGAUGUGGGCCCUCCUGGAGCUCCUCGCCACAAGCCUUCUCUGCCAUCCAAGCCUUCGCCUGGCCUCCAUCACCUAGGAGAAGCCAGGAGUGCAGGGGUGUUUGAACUUCCCUCCGUAGACCAGCACACCGUGGUAGUUGACUGGGAAGGAGGUGAUGCAGACGAUGGUGAUGACUGCAUUGGAGAGCGCGGGCAAUGGGGAGAUGAGGCAGAAUCGCUGGUUUAUGACCCACGGCACCACCCACUGACCCGGCAGGUCCGGCGGAUGGGGUUCUGUGUGCGGCACUGGCUACGCGGGAGAGCUCGCUACUGCUCAGCCCACACUCACUCCCGCAAGAGCUUUGCCGCCGCUCUCUACCUCCUCGCCAUGCACCUCCUGCUCGUCUACCUCCUUGUUUGGUGAUGCUCUCACUACUGCCGCCGCCCUCAGAAAGAUUCGUGGAAAUUGGCUUUUCAGUGCACAGGCAGUGUGAAGCCCAUUCGCGACAGGAAGAAAACGGCAGAGCGACGGACCUAGUUCUUUACGGAAACAGGGCAAUGCCUUUGAAGCGAAGGUCAACGUCACAUUAAACUAUUUUUGUUCUUGGUUCUUUCGGUAAAGUCACGUUGAAGGGAAAAAAUAAAAUAAUAAAAAAUAUAUAAAACAAUAAAAUUCUCACGACGUUUCGACUGCAACACAAGCAGUCAUCA